CAGAGCGGCAGGGCCUCCUUCAGAGCCCAGGCUGCUCGGCCAUCGUCCCCUGCCCCGCAUCUUCUGGGAGAAAGGACAAGAUGAAGUGGGAGGCGCUAGCCAUCGCGGCCAUCCUGCAGGUGUGGUGCCCCGUUACAGAGGCACAGAGCUUUGGCCUGCUGGAUCCUAAACUCUGCUACCUGCUGGAUGGAAUCCUCUUUAUCUACGGUGUCAUCGUCACUGCCCUGUUCCUGAGAGCGAAGUUUGGCAGGAGUGCAGACGUCGCCGCCUUGCAGCAGGGCUCAAACCAGCUCUACAAUGAGCUCAAUCUGGGACGGAGAGAGGACUAUGAUGUCUUGGAUAAGCAUCGGGGCCGGGACCCCGAGAUGGGAGGGAAGCAGCAGAGGAGGAAGAAUCCUCAGGACGGCGUAUACAACGCACUGCAGAGAGAGAAGAUGGCGGAGGCCUACAGUGAGAUUGGGACGAAAGGAGAGCGUCGGAGAGGCAAGGCGCAAGACGGCCUGUACCAGGGCCUCAGUCCAGCCACCCAGGACACCUACAAUGUUCUCCACAUGCAGGCCCUGCCCCCCCGCUAACAGUGUGGGUCUCACCAGCCCCAGGCCUGACCUGCUGAUGCCAACUGUAAGACAGGAUGAGCUCUUUACCACCGCCUUCCCUCAUACUUCUCAGCCACUGAAGUACUCCCCUCCACAAACAGGAUGCUUCCCAGUUGUGACAUUUGCUGAUCUCCAAUUCCAAGCCCUGGCACAAAGAACAUGUCCCUGGGCUCCAAGGGAGUGCAGCCCACAGUCACGGGCAAGGCCCUGCCCUUAGGACUUCAGACUUGCUGAUGCCUGGAGAGCAGCCCUCUCCCUUGGCUCCAUGUCUUAACCUGGGGCUGGGGACAAUUCCCUCACAGCUGGGUUAGGUCUGCCUUGUGAAGUCCAGGGCAGGCCCCAGUGUCAGCACAUGUCCUGUCUGUACUGCUGUCAGGAAUCUGAGUGGCUUCGCUCCUGCUGUCAACCCCCCCCCCCCCACACACACACUUCAAGGUAACCUGUGCUUGGGCCACUCUGGAGGGCUGGGCAGAAGGGCCAGUCCUCCAUCAGACAUGCCUCUGCAUCACCAAGCCGCAUGCCAGGCACUGUGGGGGGUGGAAAAACGUGCAAGGCUGUCCUUGUCCUCACAGGUUCACAUCUUAGAGGGAAAAUGAGUCGUGCACAAUGUGGUUUAAAAAUUAGGAAAUGGAGUGUGAACGCGGAGUGUCACUAAGAUUAUGAACAAAGCCUGGAAGUGAGUAGGGAGGAGUCCUUCCUGCCCUGCUCCCAGGCACCGUCCCUCAGCCUCCCGGGAAUGGCAAGCCCGUCCUGGGGACUAAAGGACAUGUGGCCGUGGGUGGCAAACCCUCUUUGCUCUGCUUGGUUUUAACUUAU